AUGGGCUCUGUCCUGCCCGCCGAUCCGUCAGUGCCGGUGCCGCCGGUGCUGCUGCUGAAGUCCCGGUUCCGCGGCCCGGCGUGUGACGUCAUCAUCAGCUCGGAGAUCCUGCACAGCUUCCUGUACGGGCGCUGGAGGAGCGCGCAGCCGGAGGAGCAGAGCCCGCGGACGGCCUUCACUGCCGAGGCGCUGGCGCAGUCCUUCAGCGGAGAGGUGCAGAAGCUGUCCAGUCUGGUUCUGCCCAGUGCGGUGGUCAUCGCCCAGAGCUCGGUGCCCGGUGAGGGGCUCGGCAUCUUCACCAAAACAUGGAUCAAAGCGGGCACUGAGAUGGGACCCUUCAGUGGGAGACUGCUGGCCCCCGAACAUGUGGACCUGCGCAAGAACAACAACCUCAUGUGGGAGGUGUUUAAUGAGGACGGCUCGGUGCGCUGCUUCAUUGAUGCGAGUCAGGAGGAUCAGCGCAGCUGGAUGACGUACAUCAAAUGUGCUCGAAAUGAACAGGAGCAGAACCUGGAGGUGGUGCAGAUCGGCAGCAGCAUCUACUACAAAACCCUGGAGACCAUUCCUCCAGAUCAGGAGCUGCUGGUUUGGUACGGAAACUCUCAUAACACUUUUCUGGGAAUUCCUGGAGUCCCGGGAUCUGAAGAUGAACAACAGAAGAAGAGGAGCGAAGAGGCUCCGGCGUGCGACUCCUCCCCCUGCUCCUCCUCCUCCUGUGGCUCCUCCUCUUCCUCAGCGAGCCGCAUGCGCUGUGUGAUCUGCCACCGGGGCUUUAACUCUCGCAGUAACCUGCGCUCGCACAUGCGCAUACACACGCUGGACAAGCCGUUCGUGUGCCGCUUCUGCAGCCGCCGCUUCAGCCAGUCCUCCACGCUGCGCAACCACGUGCGUCUGCACACCGGCGAGCGGCCGUACCGCUGCGGAGUGUGUCAGAGCGCGUACUCGCAGCUGGCCGGACUGCGCGCGCACCAGAAGAGCGCACGACACCGGCCCCCUGCGCAGACCACGCACACACCGCAGACACCAGUGCACACCACUGCGCACCCCGCACUGCUGCGACACACACCUGCUAUGGUGAUCUGA